CAUUUAUUAAUGGACAAAUCUAAAUUUUCAAAGUGCAACAGUGCUGGUCUCUAUUGAACAAGAUCAUUGUUACUUAAUUAUAUUUACUUAUUAUGCACUAUACACGAUCUGUGUAAUAUGCGAAUUGGGGUUGAGGUAGCGAAGCUAAAAAAUAUAACAUUUUUCUGUAUUGCGUUUUUGGUGUUGAUUACGAUAUCCAGUUCCGUACGUUUUCACCAUUUUAAUCAGCCAGUAAUACUGUGAUUUUAUACAGAGUAAAAGAAGCCCGUGCAGAGUUAUAAAAACGAACAUUCUAUGCCCGUGUAAAAUGUAGAGAGCUCUUUUUUUGGGAACCUUUCAAGAAGUUAAUUUAAUGUUCUCUUCGACUAUUUCAAUGUGUGCUUGACGUUACUAUUGAGAUUUUAUUAACAUGGAUAUCUCAUCUUCGUCAAGUAUGACUGCUACUGGACUCUCGCAUGAUACCGAUGGAUUUCUUAACUUACCUAUUGAAUCUCCGACUCAAGAUGCACUGGCUACUAAACGUAGAAGCUCAUCGCGUACAAUAAAACGUAGAAAAUUUGAUGACGAGCUUGUGGAGACAACUUUUAACUUACAACCACCGACAGCAGCUGCUAAAUCUAGCUCACGUUCGCGUACAGUAUCAAUGUCUAGUGGACCUUUGGAUAUCAUACCUGCUGCCCAAGCUUUACCUAGUCCCAUUCAGAUACCAGCAGCAAUAGCACAGUCUGAUCGUUGUAAUCGUAGACCUACCAGACCCAGUGGAUCAAAUGGGCCUGGUAGAAAAAAUAAGAAAAAUAAGAAUCACCCACAUUCAGCAAAUGCUACAAAGGAUUUGGGUCGUUGGAAACCUACAGAUGAUUUAGCACUUAUUACUGGUGUCCAGCAGACAAAUGACUUAAGAAUGGUUCAUCGUGGUACAAAAUUUUCCUGUCGAUUCACCCUUCAGGAAAUACAGCAGAGAUGGUAUGCUCUGUUAUAUGACAGUGCUGUAUCUCGUGUUGCUGUCCAGGCAAUGCGUAACUUGCAUCCAGAGUUAAUAGCAAGCGUACAAGCAAGAACAUUAUACAGCAAAGCAGAAGAGGACCUCCUAGGGAUUAUAAAAUCAACAUCACAACCGACACUGGAAACAUUCCAGGAACUCUUAGAAACAAAUGCCCAAACAUUUUAUCCAGCCAGAACAGCCAAAUCUCUACUGGCACAUUGGCAACUAAUGAAACAGUAUCACUUAUUACCUGAUCAAACCGUGCAGAGUCUUCCUCGUGGCGAGCAUGUCCUAAACUUCUCUGAUGCCGAGGAUAUGAUCAACGAUGCCGAGUUAGCCGACCAGAAGGACGAGACCAUUGAUGCCGAAUUCACCAUGACUGAUCGGAAAAAUAAGAAAGAGAUCAGGAUGCUAGAAAACGAACUAGGCAGAUGGCAGGUACUCGUAGAUAGUGUCACAGGUAUAAAUCCUCCGGAUUUCGAUAAUCAGACCUUGGCAAUACUACGGGGAAGACUAGUGCGUUACUUAAUGAGAUCUCGAGAGAUCACUGUCGGCCGUUCUACCAAGGAUCAUAAUGUCGACGUCGAUCUCACCUUGGAAGGACCUGCUUGGAAAGUGUCUAGAAGACAAGGUACCAUUCGGUUGCGAAAUAAUGGUGACUUCUUUCUUUCAUCCGAAGGCAAAAGGCCCAUUUUUGUGGAUAGCAGACCAAUUCUUGCUGGGAACAAAAUGAAAUUGAAUAACAAUAGCGUUGUGGAGAUUGCUGGUUUACGAUUCAUAUUCCUGAUAAACCAAGAACUUAUCUCAGUGAUACGGCAGGAAGCGGCCAAGUUGAACCUCAAUCCCUGAACGGCUCGAAUUCUCGCUUCAAUUAGGAGUUCAUCGUUAAGGAGUUUCGUGUAUUUUGGAAAAUGAGAAGAGUACACUGUGCUUGACCAAAGUCCAAUGAACUCGAGCGGAUAAUCGAAUAACACUGACAAGGUUGAAGGCAAAUACGUGUAACAUUUCUGAAUUAGACUAGACUUCCGCAGGAGGCAAGAGAACGAGCAUUCUCGUCGUAAUCAUUGAUAAGACCAACGCAAAGUCUAUCUUCUUCGUGAUGCAGAUUUUGAGGAGUUACUUUUGCAUGGCGACACAGUAUAAAGAAGACGGAUUUCGAGGAGUCGCUUUUUCAUAAUAAAUCAAGAAAAUCCAA